AUGUCGAUGAUGGAAAAGACUCCUCAAGUUGCACGUUUGUACGAAGAUCAUUCCAGCGUGCAAUACGAGCUUGGCCAAGACCUUAUAGCAUCCCACCUGCGGCCUUUUCCAGGCCAAACCGUCUUGGACUUGGGCUGUGGCACGGGGAGAUUGGCAAGAAAAAUCGGAAGCGUUGUGGCAAAGCAAGGACGCGUACUGGGCGUCGACCCGAACACUGAGAGGAUAGCUGUUGCUACGGAGGAAGAGCGACGUUGUUCCGAAUCCCAUCAACGUAACUUGACGUUUAUACCUGGUCUUGUUCAUGAUGCUGUGCAACAUGGACCGUUUGAUGCUGUCUUCUCCAACUUUGCACUUCAUUGGGUGCCAAAAGACGACACCGACGCCAGUGUGUCCAGUAUCGUCAAAUGCCUGAAACCCGGAGGUCGUCUCUGCGCUAAUUUGACCCACGACAGUGGUGCCUGUGCCAAUGAUCUCUCCCUGGUAACUACUGGUCAAACGGAAGAAUCUGUCACUGGCAUGGACUUUCGGUCUCUACAGUAUUGGACGGACAAAUUCACUGCGGCCGGUUUACAGAUAGAGUACGCUCUGCAGGAUGACAAUACCACCAUGAACUUUCCCAGUGUUCGAGAGUACUUUGACUUCGUCAAGGCCUACACUGAAGGAGCUGUGGAUUAUCAGAAGCUGAAUGCGCGUGAGUUGUCCGAUUUCAUGGGCAACCAUAGCCUCGGUUCAUUGGAGUCGAAGUUUGUUUAUAUUCUAUCCGUGCUGACUAUCGUUGCUUCAAAGCCUGAGGAUCGAUAA